AUGGCGAAAGGAAAGGCGACGACGGUGCCAAAUAAAAUCCUCCACACUCGAAUUUCAUAUCUCUAUCAAGCCGCAUCAUAUUUGGCUACCCAGCAACAACAUUCCAAAACAUCCCAAGACAAACAACAAUUUGGGGGAAAUGGAUGCUCAUACGUUCCGGCUGUCAAUCUGUUGGUUGGUGACCUGAAAGCCGUUUCGCUCAAGGCUCAGAUUCGCAUGUCACCUGCAAUGAAACAAUCAAUGUGUAAGAGCUGCAACAGCAUUUUAAUCGAUGGCUCUACGUGUUCCUCCGAGGUCGAAAACAAGAGCAAAGGUGGAAAAAAGCCUUGGGCAGAUGUUCUAGUCCGGAGAGUGGCAAGGGACUUUGGUCAUGGCCUACCAUCAUAUCGGCAAUUCUGCUUAUUUUCUCUGACCCCUGGACAAGAAAUUGGAGAAAUACCCAGCAUAUUGAUGGGCCUGGAACAGAAGAAGGGCGAGGGGCUUCCGCUAUGGCCAACAGAAAUGGAUACCGAGACUGUGGAUUGGUUAGAAGGAGACUGA